GCGGGGAGCGCGGCGGACCGGGCCCGGCGGCGGCGGUUCCGGUCCGGCGGCGGUUCCGCUCCGGCGGCGCCAUGGCGCGGGACCCGGCCUUCGUGCUGCGCUACCUGGCCGAGGUGGAGGAGCUGGCCGAGGACGUGCUGGCGGCGCGGCAGCAGAUUGUGGACCUGGACGUGAAGCGCAACCGGAACCGCGAGGCGCUGCGGGCUCUGCAGAAGGACCCCGACCCCGACGAGAAAGCAAUGGUCUGCUUCGGGAACAUGUUCAUCGAGCUGCCAAAAUCAAAGACUAAGGAGAUGAUGCAGAAAGAUCAGGAGCAUUUGGACGAGGAGAUAAACAAGCUUCGGAAGGAGCUGCGCGGGAAGGUCAACCGGCUCUUCGAAGCCCAAGGUAAAGCUGAGCUGAAAGGAUUUAACCUGAACCCCAUGACGCCCGAGGAAAUGAAACUAAUCAAUCGCAUCCUGGAAGGCUGAGGUGUCGGUGGCAGCACCACGACCAUGUGCAAACAGCGUUGCUUAUCAAGGCAUAUUUAGGUUGUCACUCAUGGAAUUCAUACUGGUAUUUCAGUGGCCAACCUCCAGGACUAUUUUUUGGGGGAGAACAUCUAUAUUCCUGGAACCAUUCUCCCAUGGUAUUUACCUGGGAGGCACUGGGAAGCCUUAGGCUCCUCCAAUAGAAGGCUGCAGUUUCUUUGGAUUAUAAACCAUUCCUGCUUCUUGCUGGAUGAAGAUUGGAUGCUGGAAGUGUGCAGAGGAAAAUGCUAGAACACAGGCUCAUUCAAGGCAUUUGACAAACUGCCAUUGUUAGGGUGGAAGUGGGACUAUUAAAAUCUAAGAAACAGGGCAUUCCUAACAGCAUGCAUGUUUUGUUUUGGUUUUGGUUGUGUUGCUUUUUUUUUUUUUUAUGUAAUAUCUUCUGUAAUUUAGCUUCAGAGCUAGUUCAUUCUAGUGUCAGGAACAGGAGUAGGAGGGAAGGAACUGUGAAUCCACAGUGUGUCCGAAGCAUAAAGGCAGAGUUGUGUAAGCCUGUGGCAUUGGAACAAAGUAAAGCUAUACAUCGAAAACACUUCAAGAAUCCUUUUAAAGAUGUGUAGGGAGGGAUACAAGAAGGCAGAAUCGUUUUAGUCUCAGUGGGAAAACGUUUACUACUGUCAAGUUGGAAGGCAAGAGAGCAGGGAAAACAAGGCUUUCAAGACUAGAUGAAGGGAUAGAAUGCUUAAAAAAAAUUUUUUUUGACAUAUCUUUGGCCUGUCUUGUAGUAAAAGGGCAAUUGAUUUAACCAUUAGUUUGUUUCUUCAAAGGUUUUAGACUUUAUCUUCUGUACUACCCUAGUUAGUCUGAACUUGCUACCCCAGCACAAUUUAAGACUAUAAUUAGACUAAGAAAAAUUAAACAUACUUAGUAAUGGACUAAGUUGAGUUUGACUUCUUCUCUGUACAGGAAAGUUUCUGGGUCCUGACAAGCUCUUUCUUUUUGAACUUCUUAAGCUUCUAUAAAGAUUUUUUUUGAAUAGAA